AUGGAAAAGCCAGGCCUUGUAUGGUUUGUCACCGGUUGUUCCUCUGGAUUGGGAAAAUCAAUCGUUUCUACAGCCUAUGAUGCAGGGCAUCGCAUUAUCGCCACUGCUCGCAAUCCGGCGGCUCUUUCCUACCUGCCGGACGGACCCAAUGUGCUAAAGCUUACACUGGAUGUUACCUUAAAAGAUUCAAUUACGCAAUCUUUAUCCGCAGCAGUGAAGAAGUUCGGUCGCAUUGACGUGGUAGUGAAUAAUGCUGGGUAUGCAGUUAUGGGUGAUACGGAGAGCAUUGCGGAGUCUGAUGCUCGCCUGCAAGUGGAAACACUUUUCUGGGGUCCAGUCUUCGUUACUCAGGAGGCCGUCCGCAUAUUCCGAGACAUUAACCCUAAGGAGCAGGGAGGAACCCUCAUCCAAAUAUCGUCUAUUGGGGGCUUGGUGACAUUUCCUGGAAGCGCAUUUUAUCAUGCAAGUAAAUUUGCGCUCACCGGUUUCACGGAGUCAUUCGCCAAAGAAAUGAAUCCGGCGUGGAAUAUUAAGUUCAUGGUCGUAUCACCUGGAGGCAUUAAAACAAGUUUUGGCUCCAAUAUCGCACUCGGUGUGCGCCACCCCGCGUAUGACACGGCAGAGUCGCCUUUGAAUCAGUUGAUGGCAUAUAUGGGAGAACCAGCAAUCCAGGAGACGUUUUCUUCGCCAGAUCAAUGCGCCAGGGUACUUUUCGAUGCUGUCGUCGCGCAGGAGCAACGACCUUUACCCCGAAGGCUGCUCAUGGGAGCGGAAACCAUUCCUCUACUAGAGGCAGAUCUUAGAAUUAGCAAGGAGGAGAUGCAAACUUGGAAGGAGGAAACCAUGCAAUGCUCAAAAGGUAGCAUUUGA